AUGGCAAGAACGAGAGGAACAGGCAGCAAUAUCGCAAAGGCUGGUGGCCGUCGCAAGUAUUUGGUCAAGCUGCCCAUCAGCAUCGCUACUACAACUACGAGUCACAGAGCGAAUACAGGCGUGUCUAGUGCGAGCGAUCCUACGUCCGAUGGCACUCCCACACCGGCACCACCAUCGUCUCAAACCUCAGAAGCACAUUCAAAUCCCGAGCUUGCCUCUUCCAACAGCCCUACCUUGCCGAGCGAGGUUGUUUCUAGGUCCUCCUUUUCCAAAGAGAAGUCCAGAAUCAUCGAUAGCAUUUCAACAGCUAUUUGGGACAUCUCCAUCAACCUCACCACCUUCUUCUCCGAACUCCACGACGAAAACAUCUUCGAAGCGGUCAUUUUCAUAAACUUCUUGCACGCCCGCGAGCUCGAGAAGCAGACGAAUCAGAAUUCCAGCCUUCCAAACACUCUCUCCGCGCCGCCUGUCCCUCUUCCUCAGACUCUCAUGGAAGCUCGACUCUUCCUCGUGGCCACGGCGAAUCGUGUUCGCGCACUGGCGCAGGAGAACGAUGUGACUCGGGGCAUACAUAAGCCCCGAGCAGAGCGGCUUGAUGGACAACAACAAAUAUGCAAAACGGGGAGAAAAUAA